AUGCGGACUUUAACAAUUGUUCUCCAGCUUUCUAGACAGUUGACCAUAUGCAGGCCGGUGGCACGAAUUGCAACGCUGAGCACAGUAGCAAUCCCUCGAACCCGCACUCUUACGGUUCGUCGCGGCUCAGCCGCAAUCACUCGCAAUCACAACACUGCUGCAUCGCGUCAAGAUGUAAUAGAUAAGGCUCUGACGCGGCUGCAUGAAGAUGACGAGCUUCUCGUCUGUAAUCAGUGCGGUACACAGCACGAUGCGAAGGCAGCUGACGGACUGAAUGAAUGCCACAUUUGCAACGAUCCUCGGGAGUCUGUCCCCGCAACGGGCCAGGCAUGGACGACGCUCGGUCAGGCUCAAACAAGCGGCAAGUUCAAAAACAUCAUUCGCCAGCAAUACCCAAAUGAACCGCACAUCUAUACUAUCCAGACCCAGUCGAUCCUUGGCAUUGGCCAGCGAUGCUUCUUGAUUAGGACACCAAAGGGCAACAUUCUCUGGGACUGUCUUGCCUAUAUCGAUGACGCCACAGUGAAGGAGAUCAACGCGCUGGGUGGUGUGGAUGCCAUCUCCAUCUCGCACCCCCACUUCUGGACGACUCACCUUACCUGGUCCCGAGCCUUCAAUAAUGCACCUGUCUUCCUCUCUGCUGAGGAGGCAGAGCUCGUGUCUCGGCCGGACGUGCACGGAGUGAGGCGGUUCGUUAGGGAGAAGGAGUUUGAGCUUCUACCUGGCUCGGGUGCCAUGCGCAUCAAGACUGGUGGCCACUUUCCGGGCAGCUCUGUCUUACAUUACAAAAAGAGCAUGUUCGUGUCUGAUAGCUUGCAUGUGACGCGCUCGGCCCUCUGGGAUAUCAACCGCAAGCCUGGAACGGCAUAUUACGCCUUCCUAUGGUCGCAUGUCAAUACAAUUCCUCUUACUCCUAAUGCCAUUGCUGGUAUCAUAUCCGCUAUCAAGCCUUACGACUUCGACGUCGCGCAUGGUAUGUUCCCCGACCGUGACCUUCGCAAUGCGAAACAGCGCGCCUUCGACUCCGCACGUGUGGUCAUUAAUGCGAUGGGGCAUGAUGCAGAGCAGUAUAUGAAGGAUCUUAGUUAG